AUGGCAUCGAAUUUCACAGUUCCCAUUCCCAUCGUUUACGUUAAAAAUGAAAUGUUAAUUCGUUCAGAAAUUUCACGACGUUCAUUUGUUAUUCAUUAUCUAAGUAUCUACGCUCUUGUACUUACUAUAUUUGGUACUAUUGGCAAUGUUUUAACGAUAGUUGUAUUAUUCAGGCGUCAUCUUCGUCGUUUUGUAACUGUACGCUAUUUAAUUGCUGUUAGUAUAUGUGACAUUAUAUCAUUAUAUGGAUGGAAUUUAAAUAAUUUUUAUAAAUUUAAUAUUAGUCCUGUUGAAGGAAAUAUCGAAGAUUUAUCUCUUGUUCAUUGUCGACUAAUUUCAUUCAUGACAUUUGUUGCCUUACAACUAUCAAGUUGGUGUCUGUCAGCCGUUAGCCUAGAUCGUUGUCUUAGUCUUUAUUGGCUUCAAUGGAAAGAGUCAUACGGAAAAAUUAGAUAUACUAAAUAUUAUCUUACUUUUCUAACUUUAACUUGUCUUGCCGUUAAUAGUCAUAUAUUAUUUUUAAACGGCUAUAGUACACCGUCGAAUGGAGUUAUGUGUUAUAGAACCAGUACAAAUUAUCAUUAUAUUUAUCCGCAAUGGGAACGGGUUCAUUUAGUUCUUUACAAUCUUUGUCCAUUUGCUAUCAUGUGUAUUUGUAACACAUACAUUAUAUAUGUUACUGUGAAAUCAAGUCGAUCACACAAUUUAGGCGGUUCAAAUAGAAAUAAUCGAAAAAAUUUGGAACGAUACCGACAAUUCACUGCUUUACUUAUAAUUGUAACAUUUGCGUUUGUCAUAUUGACUCUACCAGCUUGUAUCUAUUUUGUAUUUUUCCGCAAUAAUGUUGCAUUAACAACACAACGUAACUAUCGUUAUAUGAUUCAAAUAUUUUUGAAUUCAAUUCAAUUUACAUGCCAUGGAAUCAACUUUUUUCUUUACUGUUUUUCGGCGUCAAGUUUUCGCCAUGAAUUGUAUGGGAUGUUUCGAGAGCUAGUGUACCAUUGUCGUUGUAAAUGUGGUUGCCUUUAUCAUAAUGAUCAACAGAAUAUUCAUAUGCGACGUUAUAAACAUGGCAAUCAUGCGAAUGCAUCACCGUUGGAGCGUUAA